GGCUAACAGGGUAUAUACGUUUAUUCAGUUGAAAAAGGUUAUGUCGGUAAAUACAGAUCGAAUAACUGCACAGAAUACUAUAAAAAAAUUGUUAGAAUUAUUAACAUCGAUUUGAAUAUAAUGUGAAUUAAAAGAACGGAACAAUGGACGAACCUGUCGCAACAACGGAAAAGUCGAAAAAGAUAGAAGCUAUAAAUAAAGAAACUAUUCAUCAUAUUUGUUCCGGUCAGGUAGUAUUCGAUCUUGCAAUUGCUGUUAAAGAAUUGGUGGAGAAUAGUUUGGACAGUAAUGCCACGGUGAUUGAUGUUAAACUUAUUGAUUAUGGUAAAACCUGCAUUAGUGUUAAUGAUAACGGUAGUGGUGUUUUAGAACAGGACUUUGAAGGCUUAGGCUUGAAACAUCAUACAUCAAAGUUGCGGGAAUUCACAGACUUAACUGAAGUAAACACAUUUGGUUUCCGUGGUGAAGCAUUGAGUUCAUUAUGUGCCUUGUCUGAAUUGAGUAUUGUCACCAGGCAUUCGACCAGUGAACAUGGGUUCAAAUUGGAAUUUGAUAAAAAUGGCACACUUUUGAAAAAAGAACCAUAUGCUAGAGAAAAAGGAACCACAGUACAUAUAAAGAAUAUAUUCAAAAAUCUACCUGUAAGAGCAAAAGAGUUUCAAAAAAAUCUAAAGAAGGAGUAUGCACGCACAAUUCAAGUCUUGUACAGUUACUGCUUAGUGUCUACCAAUAUUAAGAUUGUAUGUUCCAAUCUAAUAACGAGCAAGUCUCCUCAUUUUAUAGUAGCCACAAGAAAUACAGACAGUGUGUUGGAUAAUAUAAAUUCGGUGUUUGGCAAAAAGUCUUUAGAUGGGAUAAUUAAACUUGAAUUACAACCUCCAGACGAAACAAUAUUGCAAGAAUAUAAUUUGCCUAACGACAUUACAAUAGACUUCGAUUGGGAAUGUUAUGUGAGCACUUGUGAUCACGCGAUCGGACGUUCCUCGCCCGAUCGACAAUUUUUUUACGUGAACGGUCGGCCAUGCGAUCUCACAAAAGUCAGCAAACUGGUGAACAAUGUGUAUCACAAGUACAAUAAUAAGCAAUAUCCGUUUGUUUUUUUAAAUAUCAAGUUAAAUCGACAAUGCGCCGACGUUAAUGUUACUCCCGAUAAGAGGACGAUAUUUUUCACGCAAGAACGUCUCAUAUUAGCAACAUUAAAAUUUAGUUUAACGACAAAAUGGGAUAAAUUGCAAGGAAAUUUUAUAGCCAAGCCUUUAACAGAGUUAAAACUUGGUUUGAAAAGGACAGUUUCAUCUAACUAUGCUCAUCCGCCAGCAAAAAGAUUGCAAGUAUCACCUUCAAUACUGCACACAGCAAAAAAUGAUUAUAUUCAGAUUAAAUCAAUGAAAAAACCUAUAGAUGUAGAAAUGGUGAUAAGCUUUACAAAGAUUAAAGAAAAAUUAAAAGAAAAAGAAAAUAUUAUUAGAACAUCUGUCAAUACAGAAAAAAGAAUAAAAUAUAGAAUACAAAUGGAGGCCAAUCAAGAUGAAGCUGAAAAAGAAUUGCAAAGAGAAUUGACCAAAGAUUCGUUUGGCAAAAUGGAAGUCAUAGGUCAGUUUAAUCUCGGUUUUAUAAUAGCUCGUUUAGAGGACGAUUUAUUUAUUAUUGAUCAGCAUGCUACUGACGAAAAAUUUCGUUUCGAGAAGCUCAGUAAUGAAACAAAGCUGAAAACCCAAAAACUCAUCAUGCCAAAACCAUUGAAUUUCUCCACAUUGAAUGAAACAAUAGUCAUAGAGCAUCAACAAACGUUUGAAGAUAACGGAUUUACCUUCAAUAUCAAUGAGCAAGCUGAAUCUGGCAAGAAAAUAGAAUUAGUAGGAAUGCCUGUUAGUGGUCAUUGGCAAUUUGGUCAAGAGGAUAUAGAAGAAUUAGUAUUUCUUAUAAGAGAAGCAGGUAAUGAAAAUAAGGAGAAGCAUAUAUAUCGUCCUAGUCGUGUUAGACAAAUGUUGGCAUCCAGAGCAUGUCGAAGUGCGGUAAUGAUCGGCACAGCUCUAAACACCAGUGAGAUGCACAAAUUGAUAAUGCAAAUGACACAAAUGCAAAAUCCUUGGAAUUGUCCGCACGGUAGGCCCACCAUAAGGCACCUAUUGUCCUUAUUAUUAAUAAAUAAAAGUAAUCCAUAAUGUUUUCAUAAAUAUAUAUUUUACGAAAAUAA